AUGCAUUUUUGUAGAACAUUAAGUUAAUUAGUACUGUUAUCCACAAUGUAAGAAAUGGCUUUACAAUAUUAGUUAUCAAUUAAUCUAGGCAAGUUGUAAUGUUUUUAAGUUUAUUACCACUCCAGAAACAGGUUCUGUUGAACUGAAUUUAGAUCUAACAACUUCAAUAGAUUAAGAUUUUGGAGUCGGAGUUUGGACCAGAUUUCAAAGUCAAUUUGAAGAUAAUGAAAGUUUAGAUAAGAAAAUUCUAAAUUAUUACGUAUUUUCAUAAUUAUAUGAUGGAUCAUUACCUUUGAUUUAUUAUAUAAAAUUGGAUAGAGAAGCUAGGCUCAUAUAUUUUGAAGUGAUAAUAUAAAACUAAGAUAAUUUGUAAUUGAGAGAAUUAGAAGUUAAAUAGGAAAUGGUUGGGUCUAAAUGGGUAUUCUUCUAUUUUUGUUACUCAAACUCAAUUAAAUAAUAUAAUAUGUUUAUUUAUAUAGAUUAAGAUGUUACUCAUGUACAGAUGGCAUCAGGAGGAGAAUACACAAAUUAAAAUGAUUAAAUCAUACCUUUUAUAUUAGGAGGCUCUCUAAAAGUAUUAAUUGUAAGUAUCAUUUAAGUAUUCUAAUUUAUAAUUCAAUAUCAACCUUGAUAUGAAUAGUUUUGCAGGGUAGAUUAGUGACCUUGACCUUAGAACUGGAUCAUCAAACUUUUAUCCAGACAUCCCAACUUUUUUGAGUAAUCUCUAUAAUACAGAUUGUCAAAUUUAUACUUGCCCAGCCACAGCUCAAACAACAAUUUUGGCUAAUUUCUAUAAUGGUGGCUAAAUACUUACAAAAACUAUCACAUUUUAUAAUAAACGAUUUGUAUUAUUUGGCUGGAUAAAAUUAAAUGAACUACCAGAUGUAUAAAUAUAUAUACUAUAUAAAAUAGAUUCGAUCCCUUGAAACCGUAUUCAUUAGAGCUACGUUUAGAAAGAUUUAUUAUGGAGAUAAAUAUUAAGGAGAGAAAGCAUUGUAUUGGAAAUACUAUUAAAGUACUAUGCGUGAUGAUGAUAAUGGUUUUGAAGUAUCCACUUAUCAUAAUGAUCCUAAAAGUGAAAAUCUAAAAUAUCAAACAUUAGAGAGUGAUACUUUUCUUUAAAAAUCUUCAUAUUUUAAGGAUGCUGUUACAUUUUGGCAUUGGUUUGUAUAUCAAGAAGGAUUACCAAAUUCUAAAAUAGAACUUAAUAUCUAUUUUGGAUCUAAAAAAGAAGAGUUAAGUUUCUAAAUGACUCAAGAUCAUUAUGAAAGAGUUACUUAUUAUUUCAAUAUUGGUGGAGAUAAAUUCAUUAAAGGUUUUUCAGGUGAAGUUCGUAAUUUAACAUUUUCCUAUUGUUAAUUAAAUGAUGAUAAACCUUAAAGAUGUAUAAAUAAUAUAUUAUUUAAAAAGAUUGUCAUUAUAGUUGUAAUACAUGUUUUGGACCAAAUGAAAAUCAUUGUAUUGACUGUGUUCCAUAAGCUAUUUCUAAAAGAUCUUUAAAUGGAACUUAUUGUCCUUGUAUUCCGAAUUAUUUAGAUGUGGGUGAACCAUAUUGCUAAAGUAAAUUUUAAGUAUUAGGUGGAAUAAAUAUAUAAGAAGGAUUAAUUUCAGAUACAUCAGGUUGUUAAAGGAAUUAGUUUUUGGUGAUGAUGAAUGAUAAUUCUUAUUGUUUAGAUUGUCCUGGAGCUAUCACUACUUAUGGUUUAUAUUGUAUCGAUUGUGUAUAUAAUCCUACAACAUGGUAUUAAAAUCCAAUUUGCACAAUUGAUUAUUUAAUGCCUAUGACUGAUUCAACUGAUUAUAUAUUUACAAGAAAAGAUAGGAAACAAAAAGAUUAUGAAUACUAUCUAAUAAAUAAAUAUAAUAAUUAAGAUAAACCAAUUUUAGAACCUUGUUUUGGUUGUUUUGGAUAAACUAAUAGCACUAUUAAUUUUAUAGAAAGAUAUACAAUGAAUUAAAUAUCUAAAAUUUUAUGUAAGAAUUGUUAUACAUCUAUAAAUGGGGAAUGUGUUAAUUUAAUUCCUAAUUGUGAUGAAUGUGAUAAUAAAUAAUAAUGUAAAAUUUGUGAAUAAAAUUAUACUUUAUUUGAAUCUUAAUGUUAUCAAUGUCCUAUUGAAUGUCCUAAUUGCAAAUAUAAUACUACUGGAUAUUAUUGUAAAAGUUGUAAUGAAGGAUAUUAUUAUAAUUCUACAUUUGAGUAAUGUUAAUAAUGUGGUUAAUUUUGUUAAAUAUGUUUUUAUUCAAAUUUACUCAAUUUAUUAUAAUGUGUUAAAUGUAUUGAUACUGUAGAUUACUUUAUUGCAUCUGAAUUUGUAUAAUGUUUACCAAAAAAUAAACCUCAUUGUAAAAGUUAAGUAUAAGAAAUUACUCGUACUUUUACAAAUGAGACAUUUCUUUCAACAUAAUAUAUAUUCAGUAUUGAUUUAAGGGCUGAUUUAAUUUCAUAUCCCACUGUAGAUAUAUGUUUAAAGUGUGAUCCACAUUAUAUUAAUGUCAUUAUAGUUCGAAAAUUAUAUGGAUGUUAUAGUGUAAAUGAAGUAGAAGGUAUUACAGGGAUGGCUUUACCUUUGGUUUUGAAGAAUAAAGUAAUCAAUGAUGCCAAUUUUGAAUUAGGCUAUCAUGAAAUGUAUACAAAAGAUGGUACUGAAAAUUAUUAUAUUAUGUUUGGAGAUCCUAUAAUUGAUGGCAAUUAAAAAUAUAAUCCUAUUGUAAUAAGAUAAGAAAAACCAAAUCAAAAACUAUGUUUAGAUAAAAAUUGUGAAUAUUGCAUUUAAAAUUAUGUAUACACUCAAGAAUAUUGCAUUAAAUGUUUUAAACCAUAUUAUGCACAUAAAUUAUAAGGAAAUUGUAUCAUAUGUCCACCUUCUUGUAUAGAAUGUGAAUUUGCUCAUAAAAUUUAUAAGGAUGGAUGGAAAUCAGAUAUGUUACCUGCUUAUCAAUUAAGAGGAAAAUAAGAAUUGCAUCACUUUAGCACCUAUUCACUUUCUACAAAUGUUGAUGAUUAUGAAGUAAAUUGUUUACUUUGUGCUGAUGAUGGUAUUUUACAUAAUGGAAAAUGUUAUCCAAAAUGUCCAUGUAAAUAAUGUAUUAUAGAAAAUGAUGAAGUUAAAUGUAUUACAUGUGAAAAUUCAAUUAAAACAGUUAUUAAUAAUCAAUGUACUCAAUGUCCAUAAUUUUGUGAAUUAUGUAGAGAAUUUACAAAUGAUGAAAUUACUCAAAUUAAUCCAUACUUCAAUUUAUAAAGCACUACUUAUAGAUAAUAUGCAAAAUAAUGUUUAAAGAGAGAUAUUAAUGAUCCAACUCAAGGAAUUUUAUAUAAUGAUCCUUCUUUAGGUUAAGAAAUUAAUUGUAAAAAUCCUGAUAAAAAGGAUUGUUAUUUUUAUGUUGAACUCCAAUAAACAAUAUAUUGUGGAAAAGAUUAAUAUCAAUAAAAUCUUGAUCUAGAAAUUGAUGAUGAUGCCAAACAAUAUUUUAAGAAGUAUUAUUAACCUUUGGAAAAUCUGUUUUCAUCAAAAAAUUCCAGUCAUUUCGAUAUUGAAACAGAUUUCUUAUUUAAUGAAUUAAAUGUUAAAAGUGUUAAAUUAGUUAGAUAUAUUGUAAAUAUAUUACCAAAUAGUGGAGAUUGUAAAAUUAAUAAAAAUACAUUUAUUUAAUCUAAUAUUAGAUCCAAUGUUUUUACAGUAAAAUUCUUGGAAUUAAUAAUCUAAUCAUAAAGUGAUAUUCCUAUCUAUUUUGAAGGCAAUAUUUCAUUCAUUGAAUUUUCAUCAGUUACUCUCAAAAAUUUCUAAAUCAUACCCUCAAACUAAUAAGUUAUCUUUAAUGUUUAUAGUUUAUAUGGUAUGUCUUUUCUUAUGGAACACACUAUAAUUAAAAAUGCCAUUGAUCUUCAAUUUCAAAUAAUUAUAUAGAAUCCUACUUCAAUUUAAAUUAAAAAUCUUGAAAUUUCAGAUUCUCAAUUGAUUAACAUUAAUGGUUUAAUUUCAUACUAUUUUACUUAGAAAUUAAAAAAUUAAUUAGUAUAUACUAUUAAUACAAUCUUAAUUUAGAAUUGUUAAAUAAGUAAUUCUAAUUUGUUUGUUUAAAUCUUAGAUACCAAUUAUGGAAAUCAAAAAUUAAUAGCAACUAAUUUUAAAACUUAAAAGAAUAAAUAUACAAAUUCUAUAGUUUUUCUAACUGAUUUUCUUAAUUAAAUUAGAGAAUCUGAAUUCACAAUUUAAUAAUUUGUAUCUGAUCGUGAAGAACUCACUAACUCUUCCUUAUUUACAUUACAUGGUGCAUUUAAUGUUAUUUUAAAUGAUAUAACUGUUUCAAAUGGAAUAUUUAAUGCAAAUGUAAAAUUGUUCAAACUUCCUUUAUUCAAAAUUAGUAAUUUAAUAAUAUAAGGUAAUAAUUUUUAAAGUGCUGAUAAUAGAGUAAUUACAAACAUUGUUGAUGCUUUAUAUUAAGAUAAUAUUGCUAUCAGUUCUCUCACAUUUAAUUCAAUAUCAUUCAAAAACAAUUAUUAUAAAGGUAGUAAAGUCUUUAUUGAAUUAAUAUAAAGUGAGAAUUUUAAAGAUUUAAGAGUAUAAAUUGAUGGUUUAGCAAUAGAAUCUAAUUAAUUCACUUAAAAAGAAUACUCAAAAUUAAUGACAUCUACAAAUUCAUCCAUAUAUUUAGAUUUAACUUAAAUAACAAUUUUAAAUGUAAAUAUUAUUCGAGCAUUCAAUUUACCAGAAAUAUCAAUCAAUAAUGUUGAUAAAUUAAUUCUAAAGAAUUUAAAAGCUUAAUUAAACAAUUAAUUUAAUAUGAAAUUAAUACAUUAAUAAAUCUCUUGUCUUUAAAAGAAUCUAGAAAUUGGUUAUGGUAGUAUGUUACAAAUAUUUAAUACUAAAACUAUUGAAAUUAAUAAUCUCUAAAUUAUAGGAUUAAUAGUAAUUAAUUUACCUAUCAUUACUAUUAAAUCAUUAGAUGGAUCAAAUUAUAGAUAAUCAGAAAUUAUAGACAUUUCAUAAUUAUAAUUUACUAAUAAUACUAUGAUUCUAUCCAAACUUGCAGAAUAACCUACAAUUUUAAGUAUUAUAUCUGGACAAAAGUAAGAAAUCAAUAUUAUUAAUGUAAUCUCAUUUAAUAAUCAUCAUCAUAGUUAUUUAGAAGACUUACUUUUCAGAUAAUCAUCAACCAUUCUUAUACAAAAUCCAAAUUCAAACAUAAUUUUAAGUGAAUCUACUUUCUCUAAUAAUAUUUUGACAAAUAAUUAAGGAUCUAAUUUAAUUAUUAUUAGUAGUACACUUCUAGUUUAUAAUUGUAUUUUUAAACAUUAAAAUGAUUUGCAAUAUUAAUAUUUAAGUAAUCGAUUGAUUUGGGGUUAUCAUUAGGAUGAAGUAGCUUACUUUGAAAAUUUAUAUUCAAUAUUUACUAUAAAAUCAAAAGGAGGUAAUGGGUAUUUCUCUGCCAAUUAAAUGCAAUUAUAAAAUAUAUCUAGUCAAUAUUCUUUGGGUUUAUAGGGAGGAGCAUUUUAUUUUGGAACUUAAUCAAGUGGUUUAAUUAAAAUAGAGAAUAGUGUUUUUAAUUACAGUUAAGCAAAUUUAUUAAUGAAAGAUAAAUCAUAAGGUGGAACUCUUUUUAUUGAUGCAUCUCAGUCAGAUUUAAUUCUAUAAAUAAUUAAUAAUAGUUUUACUAAUAGUUAUAGUAGAAAUGAAGGUGGAACAAUCUUUAUUGAACCUUCAAGAAACAAUAAUUCAAUCAUAAUUUAAAAUAAUAUUGUAGAGAAUGUAUUUUCAUUAUAGAAUGCAUUCUUAAAGCUUCCAGUUACAUUCAGUAGUAAAUCAUUGAUUUUAAUUGUUACGAUUACUGAUUUAUCAAUUAAGAAUACAUAUAAUGGAUAUCUGUAAUAUUUGGGACGAAUAUAGAAUCUAAAUACUUAAGAAAUAAAAUAUUAAACUUAAAAUUAUUUAAUUUCAAUAGAACGUGGUAAUAUUACUUUAAAAUAUUCUACUAUUUUUAAUAUUUUUGAUUAUGGUGCAAUAGAAAUUUUAGAAGCCAAUUAUCUUAAAUUAGAUGACUUAGUGAUUCAAAAUAUUACUAUAAUCAGUGGAAGCAUUCUUAGUUUACAUUUUAAUAAAAGUAUAUUAUUUUAAUAAUUAUUAGAAUAUUUGACAUCAAUUUAAAUAAUUAAUUUAAAAUUAAAGGAUAUCUCAGAAGUGAUUGGAGAUGUGUCUUUACCAAAUAAACCAAUUCUUACACUUCAAGAAUUAUUCUAUAAAUGCGAUCUUGUACCUAUUUAUCCAACUCAAUUAUAAACAUUAUAUGAUGAAUAAUAGUAAUUCAUUAUUAGUUUAUAUAAUUUCUAUGCAUUAAUAAAGAAUAAAACAAAUCCUAGUUUUAUUUUUGAAAUUGAUUCUAUAUCAUAAAAUCAUGAUAUAUUAAUAGAAAAUAUGAAUAUUUAAAAGAUUAAUUGUACUAAUUGUUAAAAAGGUUUAUUAAAAUUUACAAAUAUAGAUGAAUAAAAAACAUAAAAUCUCAUUUAUUUAAGAGGUUUAAAUAUGAAGGAUAAUACAUGUGGUAUUUUAAGUUGUUUUGUAAUUGCAGCUUAUUCAACAAAUUAAAUUAAAUUAUUCACAAAUUCAAAAUUACAUAGAAUUUUAGAUCAAGUAACUGAAGAAUUUGAUUAACAAAUAUCUACCAUAAAAAUAGAAAAAAGUUUAUUUAGUAAUAAUAGGGCUGAUUUUGGUGGUGGUAUUUUAAUAUCAGGUUUGAGUUCAAUCAUAUCAAAUUGUUAAUUUACAAAUAAUAUAGCAACUUUAAUAGCAGGAGCUAUAUAUUUUGAUCAUUAAUAUGGAACAUCAUUAAUUGUAUAUGAUUCAGUAUUUGCAAAUAAUCAAGCAAAAGUUGGUGGUGCAUUAUAUUUAAGUGAAUAUUAAAUAAAUACUCCAUAAAAAUUGAAUAAUGUAUUUUAAGGAAAUUAGGCAACUUAUUUUGGUAAUAAUUUAGCAGAUUCACCUACUUAAUUGACAUUAUAAAUAGGAGAAAAGAUAAUGUAAAAAGAAUCAUUAGAGAACAAUUCAACUAAUAAGACUGAUAUUAUAGUAAUAAAACAAUACACUAUAGGAAGUAAAUAAUAUGAUUACAUUAUGUUACCAAGUGGAUAAGCUAUUAGAGAAUAUUAAAUUUUUGAUGAAUAAACUUAAUAAUAUAUUCCAUAUAAUUUUACUUUUAGAAUAAUUCCUCUUAAUGAAGAAAAAAAUUAAAUAAAAGCUUUAGAUGGUAGCAAAUGUUUUAUAAAGGGAAGAUAAAUUAUUAAUAAAUCAGAAGGAGAAUUCUAUAGUAAUUUCACUAGUAUCACAGAAGUUUAAUUCAAUACAACCAGUCAAGAUUACAAUUUAGAUUAAAUGAUUAUUACAUUUGAUCCUGAUUAUUCUUAAAUUGGCUAUUUGUAGCUUGAAAUAACUUGUGAUUCCAUUAAAAUUCCAAUAUUUUCAUAAAAACCUCCUUAUUAAUUAUAGGAAUAUUUCACAAACUAUAGAUUAAGAGUCAAUCUCUAAACAUUUUCUUGUUAAAGAGGAGAAUAUAAAACUAGAUAAGGAACAUGUAAAUUAUGUGAUUCAAAUUCUGAUUAGUAUAAUGUUAAAGCUGGUGAUUAAUGUUAAAUUAAAGAUUCAAUAAAAAUGUAGUAAGUUUCUUCAGCAAGAAUCAUGUUAAGACCAGAAUAUUGGAGACCUUUUGAAAGUAGCUAUAAAAUAGAAUAUUGUUUGAAUUUACCAGAAAAUUGUAUUGGAGGAUGGAAUCCUGGUAAUGAUUUAUGUUCAGAAGCACAUAUAGGAGCAUUGUGUGAAUAAUGUGAUAUGUAUAAUAUUAGAGGUUAAGGUUCUUAUUCUGUUAGUACACCUUAUAAAUGUGGAAGUUGUAAUGAUAUUGGUGAUAAUACUUUAAAAGUUAUUCUAGUUAGUGUUUGGACUAUGAUCUCAAUUUUAAUAUCAGUUAAAGGAACUGUUGAAACUGUUGAUAAAAUGGUUACUUAAUACUAAAUGUAAAAAUUCAAAGUAUUUCAAAAAGAUCCAAAAGCAGGAUAUGGAAGUGUUUUAAUAAAAGUUUUAACUAAUUAUUUAUAAAUUAUUGGAGCUCUUGCAACAUUUUAACUUUAAAUUCCAAGUGUUCUUUAAUCAUCAGUAAGAUCAGUUGGUAAUCCAACAGAAGCUAUGAGUUUUUCUCUUGAUUGCUUUUUAGUAAAUCUUGUUGAUAUUGAUAUCAUUUAUUUCAGAAUGAUAUGGGCUCUAAUUAUGCCCAUAAUAUAUAUGUUAUCAUUCCUGGUCAUUUAUGCUAUUACCAUCAUAAUUAAUUUAGCUAAGCCUGAUAAAACUGCAUUAACAACUACAGCAAUCUAUUUAUUCACAUAUUUAUAACCUACUUUAAUUGGUGGAUUUAUUUCCUUGUUAUCUUUCAGACAAAUUUCCAAUUUAUAUUGGAUUCAAGGUAAUGUUUCUUAUAGAUAUGAUACUGAAACACAUUUCAACUGGAUUUUAACCUUUAUAUUACCUUCCACCUUAGUUCUGGCAUUUAUUAUUCCAGCAUAUAUGUUUAUCAGUUUAUAUAAACAAAGACAUAAUCUGGAAAAAGAAAGUACUAGAAAAAAUUGGGGUUAUUUGUAUAAUGAAUAUUAAGCUGUUGCAUAUUUUUGGGAAAUUGUUAAAGUACUUGAAAAAGGAUUUAUUAUUAUAUUUUUAACAUUCUAUGAGGAUUUGAUCAUUAUAAAAGGAGCUUUAGUUUUUAUAAUAGUUUUCAUUUAUUAACUAUUAACUAGAACUUAUAGGCCUUAUAAAUUGCCUUUCUUAAAUUUGGUGGAUGAAUUCAGUACACUAAUUUGUGGAUCUUCUAUUGUCAUAGGAAUGACCAUAUAUUAAUCCUAUUUAUCUGAUAAUUAGGAAAUUAUUUGGCCAUUCUAUAUACUUUUAAUAACAUUCAAUUCAGUCUUCAUUAUAAUUAUUCUUUGGGAAAUUAUUUUAGCGUAACUUGAUGAUUAAUAAGAAAAUCUUGAUAAAGUUAGAGAUUUGAUAAAUAAAAAGUUCCCUAAUCUAUAAAAUUCAAAUUGGAUUUUCAAAAGACUAUUGACCAACCGUGGACAACAAUAGAAAAGAAUUAGAAGAAGAUUUUAAAUGAUAAGAAGGUAUCUUAUAAAAUUAGUUCGCAAUAAUCCAGGAAUUUAUUAAUUACCUACUCCUAUUCAUUCAUAUCCAGACAAACCAGUGAUGUUUGAAAAUCAAGAAAAAUAACAGCUAUUACCUAAUCAUCAAUAAGAUAUUAAAGAUAAUACCUAAAUGGUAUAAAAAAGAGGAACUAAAAUAUUUCCUGUUGAUUAAGAUUAAAAAACCUUUGAAAGCAUUAGAUAUGAUGAUAAACGUUAAUCCCCUUGA